CCCGGCCCUCCGAGGCGCGAGGGCCCUUCGUCACCCCCCAAUCUCCCCGGACCCCGGAAGGGCCACUAUUUAACCGUUAUCUCGGGAGACACGCUCUCAGGCUAUUUCUCUGAGCUCCGGUUCCAUCAAUUCGGAAAUAUCUGACGAGCAGGUGCCUGCACCCAUUGACAGCCGCAGGGGUAGGAGACUAGAGGGACUUUCGAGAGGGAACAGAGUUGGAAAGACGAAGAAAAUUUUCCAGAAUAAGGCAGAGACUCGGAGGAAUUCAGUCAUGGCCUCCCGGAAUCCAGAGAGACAGGAGUUGCCAGAAGACCUGCAGAUGGGGUCCACACGUAACCGAUCAAAUGCACAGCAAUCAAGGAUAAAGGGACGCAGUGGAAAGUCCCACAUCCGUGAUUUCAACCUGAGGAAGCAGGAAAGGAAAAUAUAUGAUGAAAACUAUGAGCCCGAGGAUGACGACUAUCUGUUCUGUGAGAUGUGCCAGACCUUCUUUCUGGAAAAAUGUUUACUGCACGGCUCCCCCGUAUUUGUCCGAGAUUUUGCUGUUCAGAAGUGGCAGCCGAAUCGGUCGAACAUUACUCUGCCCCCUGGGAUGCAGAUCAAGGUAUCAGGCAUUCCUAAUGCUGGACUUGGCGUGUGGAAUCAGGCCACAAGUUUGCCUAGGGGGCUGCACUUCGGACCAUACACGGGGAUAAGGACAAAGGAUAAGAAGAAGUCCCACAGUGGAUACGCCUGGAUGAUUAUCAGAGGCAAAAACCAUGAGUACCUGGAUGGGAAGGACAGAGCUUUUUCCAACUGGAUGAGAUACGUGAAUUGUGCCCGCUCACAGAGAGAGCAGAACUUGGUGGCGAUUCAGUACCAAGGGGAGAUCUACUACCGCACCUGUCGUGUGAUUCCACCUGGCCAAGAGUUGCUGGUGUGGUACGGCGAAGAGUAUGGCCGUGAGCUGGGCAUCCUCCCGGACAAUAAGACCCCAGAGUCAGGGCCAAAGCCUCAUUCCUCUCGAGGCUCGUCCAAGUCGUUAUCGAGACGUGGUGCUUUCAAGCGGCGUUUAAGGGUCAAGCGUUGCCCUGCUGCCCGCCGGAGAACCAGAAAAAGGCGAAACUGCACAUAUAAGCUGCGGCUAAGACUCCCGGACACUGCGGCUCGCCAAGACGAGCGGCAGGGUCCAGAUCGUGGCCGGGUGAAGCAGAGAGGGCUCAGAAAGAGUAAGCGGUUAGCAAGGGCCAAGGCUAUGAGACGGGAGAGAGCUUUAGGGAGAUUGUCUCGCCCACGCCAGGGAGGACUCUCGGGUAAAACCCGACAGAGAAGGGAGAGUGGGCAUGUGCAGGUCAGGCAGGCGUCGGGUCCGAGGGAGGCCCAGGCGGGGCGUGCAGAAGGGAGCGCCUCUCUGCGGAGGCACUGCUGCGAUGUCUGCCGCAAGACUUUCAAGCGGUUAACUCACUUGAGGCAACACAAAAGGAAGCACACCGGUGAGAAGCCAUUAGCAUGCAAAGUUUGUAAGAGGGCGUUUAGCGACCCAUCCAACCUGAAUAGGCACUCCCGGAUACACACAGGGGUGAGGCCGUACGUGUGCACACUGUGUGAGAAAACGUUUGGCGACCCAUCCAAUUUAAAGAGGCACGCCUUUACCCACACUGGGGAGAAGCCAUUUGUGUGCAUCGACUGUGGGAAGAGAUUCUGCCGAAAAGAUCAUAUGAAUGAACAUCGCGCGAUACACGCAAGGGACAAUAGCAUUCCACAACCAUAAGGAAGGGGUGAUUUGAAUGCCACCACUGUGGAAAACAGUUCCGGUGUGUAUCAACCAAUAACUACCAAAUACAUAAGGAAGGGGUCAUUUAUUUGUAGGAAAUAAGGCAAAGAGCUCAGCCACUUAUUCCUUGUCUCAUGGGAAACAAAGUAAAAGGCUAACAAUGAGAGUUAACCAAAGAAAUUUAGAUGCGGUUGGUUUAUAUAUUUUGUAGAUUAUCACCAUAAAUAAUACUUACAGACACAGUCAACCAAAGAAGAAAAACUUACAAAGUGACUAAAAAUAUAAAAGGAAAGAUAGAUAAGUACAGCAGAAAGCAGGUUCAAACAGUUACGGGGAAAUAUUCUUCAAAACACAACUUUUAGCGUUAAAUAAGUAAAAGUAGCAUUAUGAUAGGCUAGAAUUUUAGGCAUAAGAGAAAAAAAAUACUAUCCAGCAAAAGUGUAUUGAUUUAAA